AUGGCCAAACCAGUCAAAGACAAAGAGACGCAGUUGCGUGAACAGCAAGAAGCUGAAACCAGGAGAAGACAGUACAGAACCAACCAGGAAGAAACCAGAAAAAAGUUGAAGCAUGCCAGAUUCGAAGAGUCAGAACCAGUCGAAGACACCGAUGGAAAGGCCCAAGUUCACCUUCCAAGAAAGAGGUUCUACAGACAAAGAGCCCACUCCAACCCGUUCUCUGAUCACAGAUUGGAGUACCCAAGGUCUCCCGAGGAUAUGAAGUGGGAAAAAUUAUACCCCCAGUACCAUGACAAGGACUCGGACAGUAUGUUAUCUAAAGUGGAGAUUGCGGAUAUAGGGUGUGGAUACGGUGGUUUGUUGACCAAAUUGGCUCCCGAGUACCCUUCUACCUUGAUUUUGGGGAUGGAGAUUCGUGUUCAAGUCACCCAAUACGUCGAGGAUCGUAUUAUUGCAUUAAGAGAAAAGCACAAGGACGACGAGGUUAAUUUCCAGAACAUAUCAGUGUUAAGAGGCAACGCCAUGAAAUUCUUACCCAACUUUUUCCAAAAGGGCCAACUUUCUAAGAUGUUCUUCUGUUUCCCAGACCCUCAUUUUAAGCAAAGAAAACACAAGGCCAGAAUUAUCACCAACACUCUUUUGUCGGAGUAUGCCUACGUGUUAAGAGAAGGAGGUGUCGUGUAUACUAUCACCGAUGUCGAGGACUUGCACAUCUGGAUGGCUAAGCACUUAGAAGAGCAUCCCAUGUUUGAGAGAUUAGAUAAGGCGUGGGAAGAACAAGAUAAAUGUGUGUCCAUCAUGUACAACGCCACUGAGGAGGGUCAAAAAGUCACCAGAAACAAGGGCUCAAAGUGGAUUGCAUGCUUCAGAAGAUUGCCCACUCCAGAAGAUUGUGAUUGA